AAACCUCACGAGUGUGGUUUUAUUUUCAAGUUCUUUGACAUUGUUGUAUAGUAUUAUUUCUUGUUUUGUUGCUUUCGUGCAUCAGUUGCCGCCACCAUGCCUUCAGUGCAUCGGGGAAACUUCCCCAAUCGUCAAACGCAAUUUUCCGCUCGGAGGCAGAAGAUAAUGCAACAGAAGAAGUCCCUUCCGAUUGCUUCAGUUGAGAAAAGACUGGUUAAAGAGGUUCGGAAGAACGACGUGUUGAUUAUUGUUGGUGAAACUGGAAGUGGAAAGACUACUCAAAUUCCACAGUUUCUGCUUGAUGCUGGAUUGUGCCGCGAUGGAAGGGUUAUUGGGAUAACACAACCUAGACGUGUAGCUGCUGUCACUGUCGCAAAAAGAGUUGCUGAGGAGUGUGGUGUUGAGUUGGGUCAGAAGGUUGGGUAUUCGGUUAGAUUUGAUGACACUACUUCUGGCUCAACAAGGAUCAAGUACAUGACAGACGGUUUGCUUUUGAGGGAAGCAUUGUUGGAUCCAUAUCUUUCUAAGUAUUCUGUUAUAAUUGUUGACGAGGCACAUGAGAGGACUGUUCACACUGAUGUCUUGAUGGGUUUGCUAAAGAAGGUACAACUAGCCCGGUCAAGUUCUGUCACUGAUGGUCAGAGUGGCCGUUUUCAUAAGAUGCCCCGCCAUGAGAAGUAUGCACCAUUGAAGUUAAUCAUCAUGUCUGCAAGUCUUGAUGCUCGGGCUUUCUCUGAAUACUUUGGUGGUGCAAAAGCUGUUCACAUACAAGGGAGACAGUUUCCUGUUGAUAUAUUUUAUACUCGCAUUGCAGAGACAGAUUAUUUGGAUGCUUCCUUGAUAACAAUAUUCCAGAUUCAUUUAGAGGAGGGUCCUGGUGAUAUACUAGUAUUUCUGACUGGGCAAGAAGAGAUUGAAUCUGUUGAGAGGCUUAUCAAUGAGAAACUCCCACAAUUACCUCAAGAAAAUCAGAAGCUUUUAAUUGUACCUAUAUUUGCCGCUCUUCCAUCUGAGCAGCAGAUGCGGGUCUUUGCACCAGCUCCAUCUGGGUUUCGCAAGGUGAUAUUGGCAACUAAUAUUGCUGAGACAUCAGUAACAAUUCCCGGAAUCAAAUAUGUAAUUGAUCCUGGAUUUGUUAAAGCACGUUCCUAUGACCCUGGAAAAGGCAUGGAAUCCUUGAUUAUAGUGCCUACAUCCAAGUCCCAGGCUCUGCAAAGAAGUGGGCGUGCAGGGCGUGAAGGACCUGGAAAAUGCUUCCGUCUAUAUCCUGAAAAAGAAUUUGACAAACUUGAGGACUCAACAAUGCCAGAGAUUAAGCGGUGCAACCUUUCUAAUGUUAUUUUGCAGCUUAAAGCUCUGGGUGUCGAUGACAUACUAGGGUUUGAUUUUAUUGAGAAGCCUUCAAGGGCAGCUAUUACAAAAUCAUUGGAGGAGCUAUUUUUGUUGGGUGCCCUAACAGAUGAAUGUCUACUAUCUGAUCCUGUAGGACAUCAAAUGGCUCGACUGCCCUUGGAUCCCAUUUAUUCCAAAGCACUUAUUUUAGCUAGUGAGUUUAACUGCUUGGAGGAGAUGUUGAUAACUGUAGCUCUGCUGUCUGUGGAAUCCAUAUUUUAUACUCCUCGUGACAAGUUAGAAGAGGCAAGAACUGCAACUAAAUGCUUUUCAAGUCCAGAGGGAGACCACAUCACUUUGAUUAAUGUGUAUCGAGCAUGUAAUGAUUUCUUGGAGAAGAGAUCAAUGGAGAUGGGUAUAGCAAAGACGGAAAAGGUUUUUAGAAAAUGGUGCAAAGAAAAUUAUAUUAAUAGCCGGUCUCUUAGACAUGCUCGUGACAUUCACAAGCAGAUUAAGGGACAUGUUGAACAAAUGGGUCUUAAUCUUUCUUCUUGUGGAGAUGAUAUGCUUCAAUUCCGCAGAUGCCUAGCUGCUUCAUUUUUCCUCAAUGCAGCUGUAAAGCAGCCAGAGGGGACAUACAGGGCUUUGGCAAGUGGUCAGGUGGUGCAGAUCCACCCUUCUUCUGUGUUAUUCCGGAAAAAACCAGAGUGUGUGAUAUUCAACGAAUUGGUCCAAACUAAUAACAAGUAUGUCCGAAAUUUAACAAGAGUUGAUUACCUAUGGUUAACCGAGUUGGCUCCCCAAUAUUAUGCCAUGCAGAAUUAAAUUCUUGGUGGUUCCACUGAACAGGUAUGUGGAUGUAACCAAAUUCACCAGAGAGAAUAGUUGCAAUAGGUUUUAAGAUUUAAGGGGAUUAUCUUUGCCAUUGCUUGGUAUGUGGAGAUGUCAAUUAUUCCUCUAACGGCAAGCACCUCUUGCUGGGUUGUUGUCCAGUUAUUUUCUCCUGGGCUGCAAUGGCCACUAAGAUCGAGGAGCAAGUAUGUCAACAUAGAGUGCACCUUAUAGUUGUGACCUCAUUGCUAUGGUGGCUCCAUCAUUGAAAUUGUGUACAGACUAUUUUAUUUUAUUCAUGUUCAUUUCUGCAUCAUUUUAAAUUGCUCAAUUUAAACUUGUACAAUAUGAAUUGUAUGAUUAGCUGCGAAGUUCUUUGAAACCACUUGUUAGUAUAUUUAUCCUAUUUUAUCAUCAUUAUAGUGUGUCAAGGGUUACCCUAUUUAUCAUGAUUAUAUUGUAUCUAGGAUUAUCCUAUUCAUCAUGAUUGUUGAAAUGUAUUAAGUUUAUGUUGUUGUUUUA